UGGUACUAUGAGGGCAUGUGGGGAGUAUGGUGAAUACAAGAAUGGAAUCUAGAUUAGAUAUUGUGGACAAAAUGCUGCAGGAAUUAAUCCAAGAUAAGGAGAGACAAGAAAAUCAGCCUCAUGAGCGCUUUCAGCGUUUGGAGGACAUGAUUCGAGGUUUAACUGCUGUGGUUGAAUCGAUGUCUUGUAGUGCUACAAAGGGCGAAACCGCUUCAGUGAUGAAUGUUGGUCACGGGUCACGUUGGGAAGAAGAGACAAGUCAUCAUUUGUCUUCCUCCAAAUGGAGGAAACUGGACAUUCCAGUUUUUGCGGGGGAGGAGGCGUAUAGGUGGACUAACCGUCUUGAGCGUUAUUUUCGAUUGAAGGAAGUCAGUGAGGAGGAACGCAUGCAGGCGGUCAUAGUUGCUUUGGAAGGAAGGGCCUUAAAUUGGUUUCAGUGGUGGGAAACUUGCAAUCCAAAUCCUACGUGGGAAGCAUUCAAGGUGGCAGUUGUCCGCCGUUUCCAACCCACGAUGCUUCAGAAUCCUUUUGAACUUUUGAUUGGCUUGCGCCAAUCAGGGUUGGUGGAGGAGUACAUAGAGCAAUUUGAACAAUAUGCUGGGUUUUUGAAAGGAAUUCCUCAAGAUUAUUUAGUUGGCAUUUUUCUGAAUGGGUUGAAAGAGGAAAUCAAGGCUGAAGUUAAGUUGUAUGAACCCAGCAAUCUUCCAGAGUUAAUGAUGAAGGCUCAAAUGGUGGAGGAAAAGGUUCGAAUUAUCUCCAAAGGUGGCCCUUCCCAUGUUCUACGUAAUAACAAUGUCACCAAACCUAUUUCAAUGACUCGAAGUUAUUCAAAGGACGAGGGCAGUUCAUUAGGCUUUACUAAUUCCAACAGUGGUCGGGGGAAAGCAGUGCUUCAGCAGGAACAUUUCGUAGUGUCAAUCAGUCCAAUCGAGCGCCUUUUCGAAAAUUGUCGCAGGAGGAAAUACAGGAUAAGGUUAAGAAGGGAUUAUGUUUCAAGUGUGAUGAGAAGUUUGGUCCUAAUCAUAUUUGUCGAAAUAAACAAUUACACAUGUUGCUUAUAUCUGAGGAGGAAUUAUCUGGACUAGAUACCCUUCAACC